AACCUCAGUGUUUUGGUUCUGCGUGCUUGGUAACCUCAGCUGUCGGUGUGACUGUGCAGUAAGCGAAUCAAUGAAAUUUAAGUAUAUAGAUGCGUUUUGUGUUAUUUUGGAAUGGAGGAGGUGAAAGAUGACAACACAUACAAGGGGUUUGUAGAUAGACUGACCCUUGGUAUCACUCGGGUGUUAGAGAACCUCCCAGGUGUGCUAGAUGUACGAUUUGUGGAGAAACCCCCUGCAGAAAAGCGAUGCGUUCUCUCCUGGGAGCAGAAAAGCAACUGCGCUUUGCCGGAAGAUCUAAGAGAUUUCUAUCUCACAACAGAUGGCUUCAUGCUUGCCUGGAACACCAAAUUGGAAAAUGAAGUGGUUCCAGUGGGUUGCAUGAUAAUCAACAGUGUUGCUCAACUACGCCCCCUGAUUCAGUCGAAUGUAUAUUCCCUCCCCAAUGCACCUACUUUAGCUGAUCUUGACUUCGAUGAGGACUUAGAUGAAUCUGAUGGCCCUGAAAACCCUCAUUUUGAUUCUCGUAGCCGCAUCUUUGAGCUGGACCCCUGCAAUGGUAAUGGCAAAGUUUGCCUUGUUUACAAGAACUGCACUCCAGGUGUAAUGGCCCAGCAGUGUGAGGUGUGGUUCUUGGACAGAUCGCUUUUCUGGCACUAUCUCACCCCCUCCUUCACUGCCUACUACCGGCUUAUGAUCACUCAUCUGGGGCUGCCGGAGUGGCAGUAUAAUUUCACUCCGUAUGGCCCCAGCCCACAAGCUAAGCAAUGGGCCGCCCUUUACCAACCCCUGACAUUCCAUAGCGACUCCCAUACUGAUACGGCCGGUGAACCUUUAUUGAACAAACUGGACCCAGCCAAGGCAUUCCGUGGCAAGGCCAAGCCACCCACUCCCAAGAAAAAGCAGGCAGCACAGGUUCCAGCGAGCGGCGGGAGCACAGCCAAGGCACAAGGGGUCUCAGGAAGACACAGCGUGAAUAAACGAUAA